AUCUGCACUCUGCAGACGGCUGGAAGAAGCUGACAGGAACCGGUUCUCUGCAGGAAGGCAUGAUUUGUAGAUCAAAGCUCAGACUAGUUUCAGAUACGAGGAAGUGAAAGUAAAACAGUUUGUGUGAGCGAGAGGAGAAAUGGCGCAGCAAAGAAAUCAGCUGGAUUCAGAGAAAUUCUCUUGUUCCAUCUGUCUGGAUCUACUGAAGGAUCCGGUCACUACUUCCUGUGGACACAGCUACUGCAUGGACUGUAUUAAAACCCACUGGGAUGGAGAGGAUGGUAUGAGAAUCUACAGCUGCCCUCAGUGCAGGAAGACUUUCACACCGAGGCCUGUCCUACAGAAAAAUGUCCUGUUUGCAGAGUUAGUGGAGGAUCUGAAGAAGACUGGACUCCAAGCUGCUGCUGCUGAUCACUGCUAUGCUGGACCUGAAGAUGUGUCCUGUGAUUUCUGCACUGGGAGGAAGUUGAAGGCUGUCAAGUCCUGUCUGGUAUGUUUGGCCUCUUAUUGUGAAAAUCACCUCCAGCCUCACUAUGAUGUAGCUCCACUGAAGAAACACCAGCUGGUGGAGCCCUCCAAGAACCUCCAGGAGAACUUCUGCUCUCGUCAUGAUAAGAUGAAGGAGAUUUUCUGUCUCACUGAUCAGCAGUUGAUCUGUUAUCUCUGCACCAUGGAUGAACAUAAAAGACAUGAAACCGUCUCAGCAGCAGCAGAAAGGAAGAAGAAGCAGAAGGAGCUGGAGGUGAGUCGACUGAAUGUCCAGCAGAGAAUCCAGGACAGACAGAAAGACGUGAAGCUGCUUCAACAGGAGCUGAAGGACAUCAAAGUGUCUGCUGAUAAAACAGUGGAGGAGAGUGAGAAGAUGUUCACCCAGAUGAUCCGUCUCAUCCAGAACAGACAGCGAGAUGUGGAGCAGCAGAUCAGAUCCCAGCAGAAGAAUGAAGAGAGUCGAGUCAAAGAGCUUGAGGAGAAGCUGGAGCAGGAGAUCAGAGAUCUGAAGAGGAAAGACGCUGAGCUGAAGCAGCUCUCAGAUACACCAGAUCACAGCCAGUUUCUCCUCAACUAUCCCUCAGUGUCAGCACUCAGUGAGUCCAAACCCACAUGCAGCAUCAACAUCCAUCCUCAUAGACACUUUGAGGACGUGACAGCAGCUGUGAAAGAGCUCAGAGAUAAAAUACAGGACAUUCGGAGGGACACAUGGACAAACAUCUCACUGGCCAUCGCUGAAGUGGAUGUUUUACUGUCAGGACCAAAGACCAGAGAUGAGUUCUUAAAAUAUUCAAGAGAAAUCACUCUGGAUCCAAACACAGCAUUCAGAUUCUUGGAAUUAUCUGAAGGAGACAGAAAAGUGACAAGAUUGAGACAAGAACAACAUUAUCCUGAUCAUCCAGACAGAUUCACUAAAUAUUGUCAGGUCCUGAGUAAAGAGAGUCUGACUGGACGUUGUUACUGGGAGGUGGAGUGGAGAGGAGGAGUUUAUGUAUCAUUCGCAUACAAGAGUAUCUGCAGAGAAGGAAGCUCAUAUAAAUGUGGAUUUGGAAGAAAUGACAAAUCUUGGUCUUUAUAUUGUGACACAAACAGUUAUUCGUUUUGGUACAACAACACUAGAGCUUUCGUCUCUGGUCCUCGGUCCUCCAGAAUCGGAGUCUAUCUGGAUCACAGAGCAGGUAUUCUGUCUUUCUACAGCACCUCUGAAACCAUGACUCUCCUCCACAGAGUCCAGACCACAUUCACUGAACCCAUACAUGCUGGAGUUGGGUUUUUUAGUCUGGGAGACACUGCAGAGUUCCUAAAACUCAAAUAGAGUAAUUCCAGAGUCUGAGGGUUGGUUCAUGUUCAGCCCUGAUUUAAGUUCAUCAUCUACAGUUUCCUUCUGUAGUUGCAGCAUUAAUUAGUCAAAUAACAACAGAACUGAUUGUUCCUCUUCUUAUCUGACAAGAAACUGAAUGUUUUGUGGAUUUUGGAUUCAAACUGUUGAGUUGUUGAACUGUGGAGGAUUAAAAUGUUUUUGUUUUAGUAUUUUCUGACAUUUUACACUCAAAACGAUUGACAGAGAAAAGUCAGCAUGAAAUAAUCAUUAACUGAAGUCCUGUAAUCCACAGUUUCAUCGUUUCUGUUGGAUAUUCUCUCUGACAGCUGAGAUUAUUGUUGAUGAACAACCAGUUUGAAUGCAUUUGAGUCAAUGUUUCAUGUUUUGUGUGUAUUUAUCAUCAAAAAGUUAAAAAAAACUGAGUCGUCAUUGAACCGCUGAGUGACACAAACAGAAAAUGUUCAUCUAUAUCAUCUUGACACAUGAAAUCACUAAAGUCACGUUUUAUUCUUUGCAUUUUAUUGUAAAUAUUUAUGUUUUCGUAAUGUAACAGUGAAUGACUUUUAGCGUCCUUCUGAAUCUCAUCUUUACUUUCCUUUGAUUUGAAUUCCUGUUUCUAAAAUCUCAUGUUAGCGAUGCAUUUAUGAAACCAACUGAGAUGAUGGAAACCUCAGCUUUUUAUUUAGAUGUGCACUUCAUUCCUCUUUCAUAUGGGUAUUUGUACAGAAUGUGUUGGAUUUGUAUUUUAUUGUGGAUUUUCUGAGUGGGCAAUAGUGAUAUUUUGUUGCAGUCAGUAGUCAUUUAAUAAUCUGACUUGGUGAUUUGUUAAAUUUUGUUGCUGUUUCCUUCUGAUUCAUGUUAAUCUGCAAAUAAACAACGGUAAAUGAA